UCUGUUUUUAUUAUAUUUUGGAGUUCACUGGCUCUGGAGAAACGACACCGCCCCCUUUUCGUCUCCAGCCCAUGUGAUCGGCUCUCAAACGACGCGACGCUUGCAGGCCUUUCUGUGCUCGCAAGCUGGUGGUGGUUUUCUUGCACUCCAUGAACGAUUCCCGGGUCCAAGCUGGGAUUUUUGGGAGCAAAAGCAGGGAAAUUAGGGUCGGAAUGGCGGGUUACAGCAAAAGCUGAGUUUUUUGCAGCUUUGGAGGUGCCAUUUAUGGCUGGUGGUUCUCAGGAUGUGGUCUCGAUGGUAAAGGUGUAAUCUUUACUGUGGUUUUAGUGUUUCUGGGGUUUAGAAGAAGGUGGGUUUUUUUUAUAAAGAAAAAAAUAUGAGUAAUUUCUGCCUUGAUUUCUGCUUUUGGAUUCUGGGAAAUGUUGCGUUUGUUUCAGAUUAUGGGGUUUUGGGAUUGUGAAGAUUCCUCCUUCCAAAAGUAGGGAUUUUGUUUUUUUGUUUCUUCAUUUGCUAGAACUAUUAUUGGCUUUAGUGAUGAGCCAAAACUGGAAUUUUUAGAUACAAGGUGGUGAUUUUUGGUCUGUUGCUGAACGGUAUUAGUGUUCUGGUGGUUCGGGGGACGUGAUUUGGAGGCAAAAAGAUGCGACGUUUGAGCAGUUUGGGCAUAGGGCUGAGCCUUGUCUCGGGGUUCCUGUUCUUGGCGCUGGCAGCAGAACUUUACUACUUGUUUUGGUGGAAGAAGAGAGGAGCUAAUGGAGAUAUAGAGGAUAACUACACCAACCCAGGGAGAGAGCUCCUCUAUCUCUUCUGCUGGAAGAAGCCAUCUUCUCUAAGCUCCACAGCUCUCAACCCCCAGGAAAUCUCCACUUCAGCUAAUGCCACAGAUCACUCUGAUGAUGGUCACCUUUACCUCCACUCGAACUCAGGAAAAGAUCAUCUUUUGAGUCCAUUUGGAGGAGGAGAAGAGAGUAUGGAGGCAGAGCUUAUUAGGCUGCACAGCCUUUCGGGGCCUCCAAGAUUUCUCUUCACCAUCAAAGAGGAGACAAAGGAGGACUUGGAGUCAGAGGAUGGGAGAUCCAGAGGAGGGAGGAGCAGGAAAAGUUCAAGAGGGAGGAGCUUGAGUGAUUUGCUUGUCUCUGCUGAGACCCCAUUUUUAACUCCUCUCUCUUCCCCUCCUUUCUUCACCCCACCUCUGACCCCCUUGGAUUGCUACAGUCGACAUGGAUUCAACCCCCUCUUUGAAUCCUCAAAAGAAGAUGAUUUGAAUAGGAUCAGAUCCUCACCCCCUCCAAAGUUCAAGUUUUUGAAGGAUGCUGAGGAGAAGCUCUUAAGGAAGACACUGAUGGAAGAAGCCCUGAAGGCUCACAGAAAUGGGGGAGUUGUUGAGGAUGUGGCCAAGCAACAAGCUUCUCUUCCUUCUCAUCAUCCUGCGGUUGCUACCUCAUCUCCCACAAGCCCAGCAGAAGAGGAGAAUGGUUCUUUCAUCAAUAUAGUCAUUGCAAAGAACAGAGAGAAGGGGCACCUCCACCAUUCAAGCUCCUCCCAGGUAAUUCCAUUACCUUCUUCUCCCUCAAAUGUUAAAGCAGCACUUGGGAAGCCUAUUUCCCACCUGAGUUCCAAGGAAUGAGAAGUGACUAUGUUUUUAAUUGUUGUUUGAUCUUUAAUCUGCCAUCAUAUUUUUCUGUGAAGGUUGUAGAGUGGAAUAUAAAACAAGCUUUCAUUUGCUUCUCAAUUUAGCAGUGAGUUCGGUAGCCCAUUCAGGUUUUUGGUAUUUUAGUUUCUCCACUCAUAUACUGCAACAUUGUUCCCCCCCUUUUAAUUCAGAUGAGACAGUUGUUGUGUGUGUAUCAUGAAGUUCUGUUUGUCGUCAUUCCAAUUUUAUGUGUUUAAAGCCCCCAAGUGGAUAUUUAGAGAUUGCCUUGUGCCAAGACACCAAAAAGAAGUAUAGUUUCCAUCCUCGUCUUCCAGUGUCUGAGCCUGUAAUUACUCAUGCGGGUGGUGUUGGUGCUGCAGCCUGCUGCUGCUCUUUGUCAAAAGAAGAGGCAGUUGUGUUUUUUCCUCAAGGGAAAGACAUUACCGACUCUUUCCAUUACUUUUAGACUAGUCUAUCAAUCCUUUAUUCUUUCUUUUGUUACAUAGUAAAAUAGUACCCUUAUACAUUCAGCCCACCAUUAGAAGGGAUGUAAAAAAUUUCUUGGUCAAAAAGGAGGCACAAGGCCCUGGACAUAGAGGAGCAGGUUUUCAGUAUUCUAGAUGAGAUCACUUUAGGGAUAAAGUUUUAGUAAAAUCGUUACUAUUUUUCAAAUGGGACUUUGUAAUUCCCUUGCAAGGUGAAGCAAAUAUACCAGAUGUUUUCGAGGUGGUUGGGAAGCUGGUGCUGUCAAUUUAAGAAAGUUAGCUGCUAAGAGGGGAAGGUUUGAAUGCUUGUGUUCUUUGUUUGUUGAAAAUUCUCUGCCACUAGCCUCAGGGUUGGUAUGAUCUCAAUUGAACAAGGUAACUGUGGAUUUAAUUGCUUUCCCACUAAGAGGGGAAAAGGUUCGAAGCUAGUGCUACAUAUUGGAAUCUCCCAUGCCUUUUUCUAACCCCAAUUCAGGUUUGGUGUGACCUUACAGCAAUAUAUACAGUGCAAAGCACCUGGAUUUGUCGCCUUUGCACCUUGGUUUGUGCUAAAGAUCAUGAAGACCAAUUCCUUUUCACCUCAACUUUAAUUCUGUGAUCUGAUAAUCCUGCACCAGGUCCUUGGUGAUUCAAUUGGAGACAGCGUCGACACUAUGUAGCAUCUUACUUACUGGCUUUACCCUUUUUUCCAUCCUUGCACAAAAAAAGAAAAUAAAAGUGCAUCCUUUUUAUAUUCAA